CUUGGUUCCUCUUGUCUCUGUCCGUUGCGGCACACAGUGGAGACAUCAGCAAUUUGGCACUCCAAAGGUUGUGUUAAAAGUCACAAGCUGUUUGAGAGGGUGCAACGCCAGAGUAACGGAGGACCGGGGACACUGUGGUUGAGUGUUUGGGGAGCGCCGGAGAGGUUGACUAAGCCACUGGUUCCCACCUGAAUGACUUCAAUUCACCCAGAGACAGUAACCUGUGAGAGCCACCAAAGUGCGACAAAAUAGUAGCGCGACAACCAGCAGCCGGUGUCAUCACGCAACCCGCAAGGCUACUGCCUGUCAAAUCUCCAUUUCAGGUCCUGCGUUGACCCAAGUAAAUUGGCUACUGAACUGUCUGACUGUUUGCAUCAGUUAGUCCCAAAAUUCUCAUAAACGGUACAGCCCGUAUGAAUAUAGCUUGUUAACCGUAGAACGAACUUGUAUUGGUGUUUUUGUGUGUGUGCUGUGCUUCUCUCACCGACAGUGAAGCCAUGAUGUUCCAGUCAUCCAGUCCAGCAGUCCACGGGGGCCACCUCUCGACAUGGUUGAAAGCAGUGACGACCCCCUUCCUGCCCAAGGACGCCAGUAAUCUGCAGUAACCUGCAGCACCCAGAGCAACUAGACACCGAGCUAGAUGAACUGAUGGCACACGAUCCAACCCAAAGCAACUACUACAAAGAACUCGCCAGGAUCUUCGGAAGCCUAGUUCACAUUCUCGACGCCCAGGCACGGCUCAGUGAACGGAGCAACAUCAACCUUGAACAGCAAGCAGCAACGCUUAAGCUUCAAGUGGAGGAGGCCUGGAAUGACCAGGCCCGAAACCAGAUUCGCCUUGAUCAGCUCCUCCUCGAGACCCAGAACCAGUGCGAGAAAGAGGAUGACACAGAUCCAGAGCUACAGAAAGAAGUAGAAAGACUUCACAAUGCCCUGCAAAAUUUGCCUCGACACAGAUAAAAAGAGAACCGCUGGAGAGAGAAGCCAGAAAAGAACUCAACAAAAAACUCUGGCAAGGUGACGCUCUCAUAAAAAGAGCAGAGACUGAACUGAAAGAAAGAGACUCUAAAACCUGGGCCUGCAAAACACACUUGCAAGCGGCCCAAAGCUAAAAUCAACGAGCUUAGUCUGCAGAGAGACGAGCUCCAAGAUGAACUUGACACUGUUUACACAGAACUGAAACAUUCUGACAGAUUACAGAGUGGCUGGAUCGGGGAAACGCACACCACAGAGUUUCUCACGGCCCGCCACUCCAACCCUUUCAGCCAAGAACCCAGAGCUGAAAAAGGGGGUGUAAGCUCACGGCUCAAGAAAUCACCAGCCAGCUUACAAGAACACCUGUCAACAACGGAGGAGGGAGAACCCUUCCAGAGAACGCAUUCCACUAAACCCUGCACGGCUCACAGAGAACUUGACAAGCUGGCCAGAAGAAUCCCUAUAUUCAAUCCAGAUCCUGCAGGAGGACAUGACGUUCAUGCUUAUUUACAAGACAUUGACUUUCACUUUCAAACUGUCACCAACGUGACAGAUGUGAACACAUUGUACCUGUUAAAAAUCACUUCCAGCCGUGAUGUACAUAGUUUUCUGGAUCGUCAACCAGAGACUGUCAAAGCAGACUGCUACAAACUUUGAUUCUUGAAUUCUCUGAUCCAGACUCAGACCAUGGGCUCCUUAUUGCUAUGGACCUCAAACAGGGCCGACUUGAAAACCCACAGACUUUCUAUAGUCAGCUAUGAAAAGCCUACUUCGGAGCAUGCAACAAACCAGGUAUGGAACACGAUGUCGACUUAAAAACUCUGUUCCUCCAAAACCUACAUGCCAGUUGGAGUUUUCAUCUCAGAGUCCCAGCAUGUCCGCGUAACAUGACUACACAAGAGUUACGGAACUUAUCCCACAAAGCUUGCACCAAGCAAAAGACUAUUGAUGAAAAGGCUGUGAAAAACCCCAAAAUCUCUGUCUCUGAGCACUGCUUGGAGUUAACCCUAGAGGGCGCCCUACAACACCACAGUCACAGACCUUUUUACAGAGAGUCAAUAGCCAGCAGAGGGCAACGCAAUCGUGGUGGUGCUCGUCCAAAGCACCAGAGUGAGCACUCUGAAAGAUUCUGGGACCAGCGACCCAAAAAGAGCUGAUCCCCACUGUCCAGGACACAAAGCCCCGACAGCCGGCAGUGGAACCAAUCUCGACAUGACACUGGUAAGCUCAAUCCUGAGUCCACAUCAGAAAAACACAGGGCAGCCACGUCUGAGACAGCAGAGAUCCUGAGGAUGCUGAAAGAGCUUCCUUACAUGAAAACUCGCAAGAAAGACAAGGAAGAUGAACCAGACAUUGUAUGUCUAAGCAUAAGAACUGAAACCAACACCCUGUCUAACUGCCAUCUGUAUGAGCCAAGCACCCAGAACACUGCUCGUCAUCCACAGACCACAGAGCUAACAGUCACAUCACAAGGUGACAGCAUCACCCAAGCUCCACAGCUGACAGCUGCACACCCUGAACGAAACAGCACAGGUCCUCACACCAGGUACCACAAACACAAGGUACCAGAAAAUGCUGUUUUGACUACCUGCCUUCACAGUGAGCUACACAAGACCGGUCCUAACCACCCAUCGAUCGUCACACCUGCCCUGAUGCCAACAUUCCUGGGCAGCCUUGUCGAAAAGGGGGUGGGCCGAAAAGGAGUGAGCAAGAGCAGAGCAAGAGAAUACCUGAUCGACACAGGAUCAAACCUGAUGGUGAUCUAAUCUCACCUUUUCAAAAGACUCCAAUUUGAAGCUAAGAGACAAGAUCGAACUCUCACACCUCAAACUUGUGAACUGAAUGUACAGUCGUACAGCCAGAAUGACAUCCGGUUUGAACAGGUUGUUUCCAUUCACCUGACAAUCGGUCUGGUGAGUCUAGUACAUCCCAUUUAUGUCUCACCAAUGAACACUCAUACAUUUCUCAUCGGCAAAGACCUGCUAGACCACUUUGACCCUUUACUGAACUUCAAACAGCUAAAAGACUUUGCUUAAGUGCGAGAACCUCUUUCCCUCCAGCCACACAGGUUGACAGAGCCAGACUGUCAGGUCACAGAGGUCACGGGAACCCCAGCAGCCAGCCAUGGGUACACCACCCUAACGACAGACCAAAGCUUGUAUAGCCUACAUCCUGUGCAACAACUUUACGGCAACUGACAUCAACAUUCCCAAGGCCUACCGGCUGGGAUGGCUAGUGACCCAUGUCUUUAAUGACUUUGAACUUGUAUCACCUAUCAUUGAGCCCAUUCCACCUGCACUGAUACCCAAAGGGAGUACAAACAACACGUUUUUCACUGCACCCUUCAAAUUCGUCGCCAUCACAUCUGUCAUGUCGGUGAGCAAAGACCAGGUGUGCAGAAUGGAUCUGACAGAUGACCAACACCUAGCAAUAUACACAGUCUCCCACCAGAAUUUCAGUGAGACUGAUGAAGCUGCUACACCUCUCAAUACCAAACUGACUGAUCACACACCGACGGAGGAGCCUUACACAGGUUUUCAAUCUCAAAUGCAGCAAAUUCUACGAGAUGCUCAUGUACUUCAGAGCAAUACAGAUCGCCAAAGACAAGUUCUUUAUAAGCUCAAAGAAUCCUGUGCCAAAGACUUUUUAGACUGUGGUCUUACCAACCUUACAUACCUACGCACCUGAUGCUCCGUGGUGAGUGGCAACCCAAAAGUGACUACAGGAAACUGAAUCAACAGGUGCCGCUGUCACGAUGGCACAAGACCCAGCUGGAACAAGAAAUGCCCUGAAUCAGAGGAGCCACAAUCCUCCCUACACUUGAAGUGGCCUCUGGAUUCUGGACCAUUCCGGUGCACCCGGAAAACCAACACAAACUGGCAUUAACACUUGGCGACCUUCAGUUCACCUUCAACAGGUGUCUGUUCGACUAUGCCAACUCACCAGCUGAAUUCAACAUCUGUUUGAACAAAGCCUGUACAGACUCUAACUAUGCUACACUCAGUUUCGUGUGCCAUCUUCCAUGCUGUAAACAGAAUGGUUUCAAAACUGCAAACAACAAGCCAGUCAAACACAAACACCUGUUCAAGCAAGGUGAUAACAUCACAAAAACACACAAUGUGACUGUGUACUGGAAGAAGGUAAAAGGACACUUGAAGCUACCAGGUCUAGACAAGGACUUCAAAGAUCAAACUGACACCCUUGCCAAAACUGGCGCACUAAACAACAGGCUGUGGUCACUCCCAACCCACCCACCCACAUUCAGGGUUGAACUGAUUACACACAGCAUAAUAACUUUACUAGCUAAACUGCCUACCUCAGAAAUGCUUACACUGGCUCCGUUGUCUACACAGACCAACAUAGCGGACAUGCAGGUUUCUGAAACCUCCAUAAUGAUUUUGCUUAACCACCUCUCUGACCCCUCCAUCCACCCUGGCAACCAGUCUACAGUCACUAACAGCCAAUGCCCCAGACCACUGCAUGAUACAAAGGACAUGCUGCGUGCACAGAACAACAUUGUGGGUUGUGCACCAUCUGACAUCACAAUGCCAGGGCUUGUAAUGCCACGGAGCAAAAGGGGGAAAAUGCCAAUAUAUUUCCAUGACGCAGCACCAGAGCCACUGACAAGACACUGAAGCAAGCGUCAUGCCAGCAGCAAGAUGUGGCAAAACAUGGGCCAGGGCGAGCUAAACCUAGUCGCUGCCCACAAAGCAAAGAGACUGCCCUGUCCAACCAAAGACAGCCCUCGCUUGUUUCUUCCUCCCCUUUCUUUCUCUCUCUCUUUGUUAUCUGUACCAGGAUGCUUCUGUGGUUUGCCGUGCUGUGCUGUCAGCCAAAGAGAGGACAGCUGCCACAGAGAGAACCACUGAAACUCCUGAUCACUGAUGACAGGGCACACUACCCCAGCACUGUAACCCAAUACAGCUGGACAGGGGUUCGAUGGAGAGAGGACUCCCUCACUCACACUGAGGCCGAUGUCAAACACAUGUUCAGCAAACAUGAGAAAGUGACUGUUACACAAAUGGAGUUAGGUGGACACCACCAACAACAGUUCCCGGGAGCUUUGCUCAGAGCUGCUGCUGCCGCCAGAACGUUUAACAUUGGUAUGUCCAGUGUCACUGCAGCGAACCAGACCGUAAACUCCAUGAAACCGCUAUUUACUGUCUUCCAGAAUGACUUUACCCAGACUCAGCUCUUUACAGCGUUAACAACAGACAUGCUGUGGGAGGUUAGCUCCUCCAAUGACAGCCUAACCAUGGGUAAAACCACACCAUACAUGAUACCCUUAAGCCUUGUGCUAACUGUGCUGGCUUACGCCAUCACCACGCCGGCUGACCUGCUACAAAUACACCUCGCCAACUCUCUGGAUAGCGCCAUCCUACUGCACGUUAACCCCAAACAGAGAGAAGUGAAUGUGCUCCUGAACCAACCCAUCAGCGAGUCAAGCCAAGUCUACAGACUUAAAGACAUUGUCGUUGUCAGGUUGUGGAAAAGCAACACCCACAUCAAGACACACAUUCCAGAUGUGGUGGCCUACCACGACAGCGACACACAGCUGUACCUGGCCCCAAACCUGCACAUGUGUACUUUGAACAAAGACAUUCAUUAUCUCUGCCUUAGCAAACCCUUCCUCAGACACAACGCUGAAGGAAUCUGCGGGUUGCACCCCCUGGUCAGCGACUCACACUACCCUGCAAAAGCCAAGCCUCGUACACAAGUCACAGAAACGCAAGCAGAGAUUGUAGGUGACAGAUGGCUCGUCAAAACACUCCUGUGCACACAGCUACACUGACCUACGACCAGCAUGACACUGCCACCUGUGUCAACCUGCUUGACCAGAGCAUGUGGAUUCAAGUACUGAAAGUUGCCACCCAACACAUUGACAUUACUCCCGUCGACACAGCCCUCCAAGCGCUGUCUCGACAGCCCGUUCUGAAUCCGUCAUCUGCGGUCCGAGCCUGGACUGCUGCCGACACUCCACGGUGCAUCUCCACUGUCAUUGGUCCCACCCUGACCCUUGGCGUGACCUUCAUCCUAUACAGGAGACUCAACGAGAUGCAAACCUCUACAGCCAAACUCACGACAACCGUGGCUGGAGGUCUCCGACGGAAUCCCGGAAAGGGGGUGCCAAGUCAAAGACAACACCGAACCUCAUCAAGCUGAAUCCUCAGCUCCAGGAACCACCUGCCAUCACGAUCCACCUGCUACAUGACCAUCAUGAUUCACCUGUCAUCUGCCCAUCCUGAUGAUUGCCGUCCGAUGAUGUCCACACAGGGACUUCAUCCGACGGAAAGUGGGGAUGUAACGGAUAUGCAGGUCAUCGGUUCAUGGGUUCUGAACUAAUGAAUCACGGUUCGUUGAAUCUAAAACAAUGCAAAAACCAAAGCUUGUAGAUUUUGAAUUCAGGCAUAUAAACCCAACUCUUUCUAAACUAAAUGCCUGGCCUGGUGCCAGCCUGGCUGGAUUUAAAUUAUUUAUGACACUGGAUGAGACAUUCCAAAGUCACGUGAGCAGCCUCAAAGGAGAAACGAAACGCCCACAUUCCUAAAUACACACACACACAAACUUUUCUUUACGCUCUUUAUGUAAGCCCUUAAUAAUAUGUAUUUUUAUUAGGUUUGUGCUUUGCAUAAAAUGGUUAAUCCUUGUUAUGUGAGGAUUAUAAAUUGCUAAUUUAUAAAUUGGAAAUAUUUCUCAUAAUUUCAAUGUUCUCAAAUAGAAUCAUGAGUUGUAAACCUACCCCCUUAGCAGCUCAUGAAACUUUAUGAUCCCACUGGGAAAUUGUGCAGACUGAUGAAAAUAUAAAUUUAUUUUCAUGUACUCAAGUCAGUCAAUACUGAACAUUUCAACAAAACAGUUACAAAACAGCUUUCAUAUA